AAAAAAAAAAAAAACAAACCGAUGUAAAAAAAAUAAAAAUAAAAAAAGGAACGUGUCGCUGGUCUCUGACAACGUAAAAGAUUGAAGGAAUUCAAGAAGAUAGCGACACCCUCUCCGCAUAAGAAAUAUAGUAAUUGAGACAAAUUAAGGUGCGGAGAUUCGUGACUGUUAGAGCGCAACUCAGGAGUAUAUUGUAAACAUGGGCAUUCAAGACUUGCAAACUUUCUUGGACAGCAACUGCGUGCAAGGAGGAUCCGUGCCUAUAGAUUUGUUGAAGAUUGCGCGUGUGGUUGCACAAAAGACGCAACGUAAUCGUGUAAUUAAGGGACAACAGAUACACAACUUUGGUAAAUUGAGACUAGUUCUUGAUGGAGAAUGCUGCUUGGACCGAUUAUAUGGUGGAUUUUUCUCAGAUUGGGCUUGUGGUGGACAAUGGAACCGCAUGCUCCAAUUUCUUGCGGUUCUUAUACAAGCGAUGGAGAUGUCAGGACUAGAAAUAGCUGUAUUCUUUAAUGGAUGUUUUGAACCUCUUCGGCGAGCCGAUUGGGUGCAACAACAAUUGCAAAUGCGUGCUAAAGUUAACAAUGUCCUGAAACAUAUAACAACGAAAGGUACACCACCGCCGAAAAUCUGGUGGACUCCUCCUGUAUGUUUAAGGACAAGUUUACGUAUGGCUCUCAGGCAUCUGAGUGUUACAGUUUUGUGUAGCAUGGAUGAUCAUCAUCAGGAAGUCAUUGCAUAUUGUCGUGAAAACAAUUACAAUGGGCUGAUAGCCGAUGAUGCAGAAUAUGCUGCAUUUGAUCCUCCACGGUACUUCUCAUCUGAACAGUUGAAGCUUACGUACAAGGGUUCCCUUGAUACAAAAGAAUAUAUGCUCUCUGAACUCACUAAAACCCUCAACAUACCAUCUGAUAGGCUGUGCAUACUAGCAGCCUUACUUGGCAAUUACAUAUUGACCGAAAGUGACUUGGCCGAUUUCUACAAGAAUCAUAACAUUAGCACUAACAUGUUGAACAAGACGAGCGUCGAACAGAUGAUUAAGACGAUUGCGAACUUCGUCAGGGAACUUUCUUCCGUGGAGUUGGAUGUAGUUUCGCAAAAAGUCUUUGGUUCCACCUCUGAUCCGAGAUGUUCUAAAUUGAGACAGUCUGUCCAGUACUAUUUAAAUGGAACGAAAGAGGGAUUUUUACAUUAUAAGCCUGUGAAACCAGCAAAAGUUCAUAAACUAGAUUCCAAGCCAAGCUCACAAGCUCAGUCGAAUCUGUCGGACACGCCGUCAGCCUCUGAAGGCGAGUCUAAUCUGGAGACAUCGAGAUUCGCGUCUGAGACUCUGGAGAGUGAACGCGAAAGUUUGAACGCGUACAAACAGGCGACCGCUAAUGCAAAGGCAGCGCCGCAAAUCGUAAUCGAUCCACCAGGGCUUCAGAGUCACGGAGACUCUGAUAGAGACAUUAUACGUACGGAAGAGGAAACAAAUGAUGGACACGCUAUCAACGGUACUCACAAUCUUUUGAUAAGUUCGUCGAGUUCGAGUAGCAGCUCCUCCGCAACAUCACCGUCCCACGCAACGGCCGAUUCUGCGAGACAGCCGGAAAAAACGACCAAUAUUCCCAUCACAUCACCAGAAGUCAUGCGUACCGCUUCGGAGCGUCAUCAGAAAGGACUGAUGUCACCGUACAUUUAUCAAAUUCUCAUCGCUGGCGAGAUUAAACUGCCGGUUCUCUUGGAGGAUGAAAAUCAUCGCGAAUUCCCUUCCAUUCACGUGAUUUACAGACCAAUUCGACAAAUGGUAUAUGCGAUUUUGUUCAAUCUUCAUCAUCGUAUGUAUCUAGCCACGAAGAGUAAAGAGAAAGGUGACAGCGACAAGGUCGAAGUUCCAGACGUGAUAAUAAGGGAAUGGGUGUGGUCCAAGUCCAAUCCAUAUCAGACUCCAGAAUUGGUGAAAGCGGAGCAAAUCGGUUGGGGUGUCCCUACAAUUCAACGUUUAUGGUUUGGCACAGUUAUAGAUGACAAGCGGCGUAGACUUAGAGGAUUCCUAACUUGUAUGAGAUCCGAUACUCCUCUCAUAUUAAAUACCUCAUAUGUUCCGCAACAUCUGUUGGUCAUGGCUUGUGUUUUGAGAUACAUCAUGUCCUUCUCUGACAAGAUAAAAAUUUUACGCCGUCAGGAGUUGGAUGCCUUCAUCGCGCAAGCUUUCUCACCAGAACUUAUGAAUGCUCAGUAUCUACAAGAUCUGCAGCUUCCAUUAGUGACGUCGCGCGGAGUGCAACUGGCUACCUUGUUCAUGGCCGGGGUGGAGACUGCGUUAUUGGCGAACGACGCUUGCGGGGCACCGAUACCAUGGUUAAUGUGUUGCCCUUGGCUCUAUUUCGACGGCAAAUUGUUCCAUCAUACGCUUGCUCGUGCCACUGUCGCCAAGAACUUACUGGAGCUCUGCAGCGGACAUAUUGACCGUGUGGUGAAGGUCGAAAGGAUGAGGAAAGCAAUACUUGAGGGAAUUACUCCGAUGUUCGCCCGCCCACCGUUGCCUGUUGCACCAGGUAUUCGUGUAUCAGUUCCUCCCAAUGCUGCCCAUCAGAAUAUUUUGCCUGCUGGUUGUCCUACUAUCAACGAAAGUUUAAUGCGCGGUGGUCGUACUAGUGGAACUAUCCCGCCGCAGCGUGGUCUAAUGCGACGUCCAAUUCCAUCGCGAGGUGGUCAAUUGGAGAUUGCCGGAGUUGUAGUGGGCCAGUGGGGUCCGAACUACGGGCAGCCUGGUCGACCCCUGCCGCAACCGUUGCAGGGACAUCCGCGCGGACGAAUUCCACCACAGGUAACUUCUAUCGGUGGACUUAAAUACGGUCUUCCCCGUGGAUUCAAUCCGAUAAAUCGACCGACCUUUCAAACACGUGGGACCAACCGAGCCCCGAUUGCCGGACGCGGAAAGAAGACUCAAAUGAAGGUGACUGGCAAGAAGAAGACUGCUAUUAAAAAGACUACCGAAAAGAAAGAUGGCAAGAGUCGUACUACUCUUGCCGAUGAAAUCACCGAUUAUAACGAAACUGAAAGUGACGAUGCAGGUCGCGCAUUGCUGACGAAGGAUGUGCUAUCAGGUCAGUUUGAUGACGCAGUGGAAAACGGUGCUAAAGGCAUGGAAAAGGGACAAGGUGAUGCACCGCUCGUCGCUCCGGUAGCUACGGAAAGUUAGAUAUUACCGACGUACAAAGAGAAAAUCUCAUGAAAACUGUAACCACUUCCCGACCAUGACUCAAGACUGCUAACAAUCUACGUAUAUGCUCUACGUAUAUGUUCUACGUAUAUGAGCGAUUGUGCAUCGGUAACACUUGAAUAUUUAUUUUUUUAAAUUGUUAUCAGAAUUUUUCUUUCUUGAUAAUACUUAUCAUAAUGUAAUUGACAAAAUAAUUCGCAAAAUUUAUGUAUUAGUACAAGUUGACGUCAAACUGCGCGCAUUCGCCACUCGUUAUUCGUGAAAAUUUAUGGUUUAGCAAUGUGAACCUUCUACUUGUAAUUCAUUGUCUGUUACAUCGCAAUCCAUAUUCGCGAUUUACGACUUUGGUAUUUAUCGAUAAAUAUUCAUAUCCAUUUUAUUAUCAAUUUAGUGAUAAAAAUUUACAAUUUUAUCAUGAAAAUGUUUAUUAUCAACGUACUUAUUACAUAAUUUAAUGAGUAUAAUUCGAAAAUGAUAAUUAAGAUUGUUAUUUAAAGCUACAAAUGGUGUUAUAAAAUAUAACGUUUUAUAAAACGAAAUUUAUCAUUAGGGGAAUAUAAAAAUACAAGUAUUUACAUACAAGUGUGUUAUUUAUAUAUUA